CCGUCACUUGACGUCGUGGCGCCAUGGAAGUGGUCAUCAACAAGCCCGCAUGGAAUACAUCGUACUUCACCCCCGCUCAAGAGCCUCCUUCCGGGACGGCAAUUGGUCCUCAGCCCAAUGAUGCUCCAGUGCCUAAGCUCUUCCAGCCCAUCAAGAUCAGAGGAGUGACGUUCCACAACCGUAUCUUUGUCGCUCCCAUGUGCCAAUACUCCGCAGACGACGGGCACUUGACAGCCUGGCACUUUGCUCACCUCGGCGGAAUAUUCACCCGCGGCCCGGCGCUCACCAUUAUCGAAGCCACGGCCGUCCUGCCCGAGGGUCGAAUCACGCCCGAAGACUCGGGCCUCUGGAAAGACAGCCAGAUCGAGCCGCUGCGCAAGAUCGUCGAGUUCGCGCACGCGCAGGGCCAGAAGAUCGCCAUCCAGCUCGCGCACGCGGGGCGCAAGGCGUCCACGAACGCGCCGUGGCUGCGCGGCAAGCCCGGCGUCGCGGCGGACUACGCGGUCGAGAUGGUGGGCGGGUGGCCCGAGCGCGUGUUCGGGCCGUCGGACACGCAGUUCGACAGGCACUCGCCGGUGCCCAAGGCGAUGACGCGCGCGCAGAUUCAGGAGGUGAAGAGCGCGUUUGUGGCGAGUGCGAAGCGCGCGCUGCGGGCGGGUGUGGAUGCCAUCGAGAUUCAUAAUGCGCAUGGGUAUUUGCUGUUUUCGUUUUUGAGCCCGUACAGCAAUAAGCGCACGGACGAGUACGGGGGCAGCUUCGAGAACCGGACGCGGUUGACGCUCGAGGUCGUCGAUGCGCUCCGAAGCGUGAUUCCCGAGGACAUGCCGCUGCUACUUCGUAUCUCCGCCACCGAAUGGCUCGAAGAAACGCUACCCGAUGCUCCCCAGUGGCGCUCGGAAGACACCGUACGCCUCGCGGGCCUCCUCGCCGAGCACGGUGUCGACUUCCUCGACGUCUCGAGUGGCGGCAACAACAGCGAGGGCCGCGCAAAGGCGGGCGAGGGUUACCAGGCGCCCUUCGCGGAGGCGGUCAAAAAGGCGCACGGCGACAAGCUCGUCGUCGGCGCGGUCGGUAUGAUCACGAGCGGCACGAGCGCGCAGAGCAUCCUGGACAAGGGUAUGGCGGACGUCAUUCUUGCGGGCAGGACGUUCCAGAAGAAUCCGGCGGCAGUUUGGACCUGGGCGGAAGAACUGGGCGUCAACAUCAAGAUUGCCAACCAGAUCGAAUGGGGAUUCAUUGGCAGAGGUGGCGUUCCUAGGUCGUGAAGUACCCUGCUGUUGCUCAAUCCCAGUGAAAAUGGGUCCGAUUGAUAGCGACGCGCGGCGACACAGAACGACUGUCCCGACGGCGUGUGACUGAAAGGGCUUGAGAGCGACGAUAUAGCUUGAGUUGCGUCUGGUAAAUGUAAACAUAUGGUCACUAGAUGUUCUACCUACAACAAAAAAGCUUUCGGAAGUAGAUACCGAGGUCCGACUGAAUUACGCGUUAGAAUGGGA